AAUCAUCAUUUUCUUCUUAUUAUUUUUUCUUUAUAACUAUGUUUUUCCCAUUCAAACAUGAAACACUAAAACCAUUUUGUACAUGUGAGUCUAUUGUUCAUGUACGCGCAUGAUCAAAGCAGAGGAAAGUCGAGUAAGUUGUAGACUAGCGAGUGUAUCUAUGGGUCAACUUUUCUUUUCAUUUUUUGAAUGGAAAUUUCAGUUCAAUGUUUUGACAUUGGAAUGAUUCCUCUUGGUUUGAGUGAGAUUACGUCAUUCUGUUAUAUAUAUCUAUCUUCUGUCACAGUUUACCGUUAUACUACGUGAUUAAUUAAUCAAUGGUUAAAAUCAUAUGUAGGUGUAGUUAUCGAGAUAGAAAAUCAGUAAAAAGACAUCCAGUAUUUAGGCUAAAGUGCUUAUUCACUGUUUAACUAAGCAAUGUUUAAAAUCACAUAUAGGCCAAAAUUUGAUUAGCCAAUGUUUAAACCAUAUAUAAUUAAAUGUUUAAAAUCAUAUACAGACGAAGAUUUGAUAAAUCAAUAUUUAAUCAUAUAUAUACCAAAGGUCCUGUUCUUUCUGUUAAAAGCAAAACAAGGAUUUUCCAAGUAAAUAAGAAGAAAGAGACAAAAUAAGAAGAAGGAAAAAAAUAUUAUUCUCUACUUGCAUCUUACUUCAACUCUAAGAUCUCGAUCUCAAUCUCCAAAUUUCGAAAACAAUGAACAAGAUCUUGUUCUUCUUCUUCUUCUUCAUCGUUUUACUUCUAUCUCCACCACAAAUCCAAUCUCAAACCAUCCCAAGUAACAUUAGCAUUUUCAUAUUGGCCGGUCAAAGCAACAUGGCGGGUCGAGGCGGAGUUUAUAACGACACCGCCACAAACACCACCGUGUGGGACGGUGUAAUUCCGCCGGAAUGUCGAUCAAACCCGUCGAUCUUCCGUCUCACGGCCAGGCUCGAGUGGGAAGAAGCUAAAGAGCCACUCCACGCUGACAUUGAUGUUAACAAGACCAAUGGUGUUGGACCGGGGAUGUCAUUUGCAAACCGGGUGGUUAAACGGUUUGGUCAGGUGGGUUUGGUUCCGUGCUCUAUAGGUGGGACUAAACUAAGCCAAUGGCAAAAAGGUGAGUUUCUCUACGAGGAAACGGUGAGGAGAGCGAAAGCUGCAGUAAUGACUAGUGCCGGUGGCUCGUACGGGGCGGUUUUGUGGUAUCAGGGUGAGUCGGAUACGGUAGAUAUGGUGGAUGCUUCGGUUUACAAGAAGAGACUAGUGAAGUUUUUCAGUGAUCUCAGAAGUGAUUUACAACAUCCGAAUCUUCCUAUUAUUCAGGUGGCUCUAGCAACAGGCGCAGGGCCAUAUGUCGACGCGGUGAGAAAAGCUCAAUUGAAGACUGAGCUUGAGAACGUGCAUUGUGUUGACGCAAAGGGCCUACCUCUUGAACCGGACGGUUUGCAUCUGACCACAUCUUCUCAGGUCCGGCUUGGUCAUAUGAUGGUUGAUGCUUUCAUGUCCAUUCCCAAUUCCGCUCGACCACUACUCUCUGGCUUUUCUGUCCUUGUUCUGUUUUCGAUUUUUUCUUUUGUGAUAUUGCUGGACCUACCUUUACAUUUUUUUGGAUACUUGUUGGUCUUUUUUUAGACUCGUCAUCAUUAUUUGGUUCAACUAUAGUUAAUAGAGAACCUUUUUAAGUUUUGUUCACUUAAUGAAUUAAGAUUCCUCUUUUUUACGUA